AUGCACCGGUUUGCCUUCUCCUUUAUGACAGAGCCCACUGGCUCCCAUUACAAGAUGCAGUGCAACCUCUGCCGGGUGAACCAGCGCAUGCUGCGGCAACAUGGGAGACUGGGAUCAACAUGGGGAAGCUGGGCAGUGGAAUCCUCCCCUUGUGAGAUGGGGAUGUUGGACAUUUUAAAAGAUGGUGUUGUACGUCGAAACAGGACAACAAUGACUUUUUUAAUACUCCGUGGGUUUGGAAAUCUACAAGAACUUCAAUUUCUUAUCUUUCUGAUGUUUUUAGGAAUAUAUGUCUUAACAAUAAUUGGGAAUUCUUUCAUUUUAGUAGCUGUCUUCUUUAAUAGGAGACUCCACACCCCAAUGUAUUUUUUUCUCAGCAACUUGUCAUUCCUGGACAUAUGGUAUACUUCAAACAUCACCCCUAGGAUGCUGGCCGAUUUAUUGAGAAAGGAGAAAUUCAUUUCAGUUACAGGUUGCAUGAUACAGUUGUAUGUUUUCUGUGCCCUUGGAACUGUUGAAUGUUUUCUUCUACUGCUUAUGUCCUAUGAUCGCUAUCUUGCCAUCUGUAACCCACUUCACUAUACCAAGUUGAUGAAUUGGAACAUUUGCUUUAAAUUAAUUGUCUGUACAUGGUUAUGGGGCUUCUUCUCAGCUGCUGUUUUGAAUUUGAUUGUAUCCUCAUCUUUAACACUUUGUGGUCCUAAUCAUAUUGAUCAUUUCUUUUGUGACUUGACACCCUUGUUGAAAUUGUCUUGUUCUGACAUCCACCUGGCAGAAGUAGCCAUCUUGGUAGCAUGUUUUGCAGUGUCCUUGUGUCCUUUCAUCUUGACCAUCACAUCAUAUGUCUGUAUUAUAUUGUCUGUUUUCAAAAUACCAUCUUCCUCUGGAAAAAAGAAAGCCUUUUCCACUUGUAGUUCUCAUCUUAUUGUGGUAAGUACUUUCUAUGGAACACUAGGAAUUACAUAUGCAGUCUCUACGGGGACAGAAUCAGUAGAAUUAAACAAAAUAUUUUCCUUACUAUAUACUGUCCUGACUCCCAUGUUUAAUCCAAUCAUAUAUAGCUUGAGGAAUAAGGAGGUUAAGGAAACUCUGAGUAAACUACUUAACAAUAUUUCAGCUACCAUACACGAGUCCUAUACAAUUCCAAAUUAUUAA